UGCCUUCACCAAAAGGGUCAGUAGGGAGGGAGAAAUGGCCAGAAGGUUGCUGCCAGCCCAGGUUCAGGAGACUGUGACAUUCAGAGAUGUGGCCGUGUUCUUCAGUCAGGACGAAUGGUUGUGCCUGGACUCUGCCCAGAGAACGUUGUACCGGAAGGUGAUGCUGGAGAACUACAGCAACCUGGUCUCAGUAGGGAUUCUGUUUUCCAAGCCAAAGGUCAUCUCUCAGUUAGAGCAAGGGGAAGACCCCUGGAUGGUGGAAAAUGGAGUUCCUCAAGGUGCAUGUGUAGAUAUCUGCCAGCUCUACCUCCAAAACAUCCCAGGUGUGCCCACCUCUUUCCUUCUCCACCACCGCAUGCCAGAGCCAGCUACCAUCUUCUCCAUCCAGGAGGGUGCAGUGGCCUCCUAUGGGCUGCUCUGCACCUGCCCCUGUUCUCUUCCCCCACCUCCAGGAUGGGAGAGCUUGUUUGAAACCAGAGUUUCCAAAGAAGAAAAUGAAGAAGACAUGAAAAAGCUUAUAGCCGAUGGACCUUUUGACUUCAGCUUGGGAAAAACCUACAUAAAUGUGAACAAGUUAGAGAAGCGACAAGGCAAAAAGAACAAACUUGUCAGGAAAGUAUUAAUUACCAUGAAAAAAACCUGUGUGAAGGAGAAGAUCUUUAAAGGCAUUGAACUUGGGAAGAAUCUUGGUCUAUCAUCACUUAUUAGAAAACCCAGAAUUGUUUCUAGAGGAAGGAAACCUCGUUCACAGCAGUAUUCAAUUCUAUUUAAACAACUGGGAGUCAACACAGUGCAUAAAUGUUAUAAAUGUAACAUCUGUGGGAAAAUCUUCCUCCACAGUUCUUCCCUGAGUAAACAUCAAAGAAUCCAUACUGGAGAGAAGCUCUAUAAAUGUAAGGAAUGUAGAAAAGCUUUCAGCCAAAGCUCUUCCCUAACUCAGCACCUGAGAGUUCAUACUGGAGAGAAACCUUACGUGUGUAGUGAAUGUGGGAAAGCCUUCAGUUUCACCACAUCUCUUAUUGGACACCAGAGGAUGCAUACUGGAGAGAGACCCUAUAAAUGUAAGGAAUGUGGAAAAACUUUUAAAGGCAGUUCAUCCCUUAAUAAUCACCAGCGAAUUCAUACUGGAGAAAAGCCCUAUAAGUGUACUGAAUGUGGAAGAGCCUUUAGUCAGUGCUCAUCUCUCAUUCAGCAUCAUAGAAUUCAUACUGGAGAGAAACCAUAUGAAUGUAGUCAGUGUGGGAAAGCCUUUACUUCCAUAUCACGGCUAAGUAGACACCAUCGAAUUCAUACUGGAGAGAAGCCCUUUCAUUGCAACGAGUGUGGGAAAGUAUUCAGUUAUCAUUCGGCCCUUAUUAUACAUCAGAGAAUUCACACUGGUGAGAAACCGUAUGCAUGUAAAGAAUGUGGUAAAGCCUUCAGCCAAAGCUCAGCUCUUAUACAGCAUCAAAGAAUUCACACUGGAGAAAAACCCUACAAAUGUAAUGAAUUAUGUGGGAAAGCCUUCAGACAGAGUUCAUCUCUUAUGACACAUAUGAGAAUUCAUACGGGAGAAAAGCCUUAUAAAUGUAAAGAAUGUGGGAAAGCUUUUAGUCAGAGCUCAUCUCUUACUAAUCAUCAGAGGACUCAUAAUUGAGAAAAACUGUAUAUAUACAUGUGGGAAAUCUUCCAACUGAAGUUCAUUCCAUACUAAAUAUCAAAGAAUUCAUCCUGGGGAGAAAGUGAUGAAUAGUUAAUUGUGAGUGAAACUUCAGAAGUUAGACCUCAUCAAACAUCAGAGACUUUAUGAUGCAAGGCAGCCUUGGAAAUAUUAGGAAAGCUUCUGUGAAAAUUUUUUUCAUAUGUUAUUUGUUUGUUUUGGCAGUUGGCUAGUACAGG